ACACAAGAUGUUCAGCAUUGCUACUCCGCCUCCUCGGCCGAGGCAUUGCCAGGGUUAAUUUCGAGGGCGAGUGAUGAUGCGAUGAUGUCAUCAUUCCUGACGAGAGGGCGCUGGGAAUCAACAACAGAACGGAAAGCGGAGAAAGCGCAGCCGGGAGGGUAUACCAGCAAUCAUAUUAAUAUUAUAAGUACGGGGACCGCACAAAAAAGCAAUUAGGCCCUGUUUGAUGCCCCGGCCUGUGGUGAGGUUGUGAGCCGGAUAGGCUGGGAGCGUCUUCUGUACAGACAGGGAAAUCCGUCCCUUGAAAGGACUGCGUCUAUGACCUUCCUGUUUGACAGAAGAGAUGUACCCUCCAACGAGAAAGGAUUUCAUAUCUUUAACCCUCACUGAGCAGGGCAGCAGGAGCUACAACAACAGCAAGAACUGGCGCAGGAAGUCUUGCUGGAGGAAAUGGAAGCAGCUUUCCAGGUUGCAGAGAAGCCUGAUUCUCUUCCUGCUUGCCUUCCUGUUGGUUUGUGCGUUAGCGACCUACCCGAACCUGGCAGAACACUGGAGAGCUCUUACAGAGAGAUCGGUGCAAGAGGAAUGGAGUGCCGUGGACAUUCCGGAGCUGAAACCUGUGAACCCAGCUGUGAUCCCAGAACAAGAGAGGAAGAUUGGACUGGUCUUCCCAGAGCCCCCUCCACAGAAACCUAAAAAAGCCCCCUCAAACAAGCGGGGACCGCCGGUAUUACAGCACCGGCUCAUGAAGAGAGAGAACGCCUCGGAAACGCAAGUGAAAGAGAGAGAGGGACAGGCAGCGAAUGGGGAGGAGGAGGGAGAGAAAUCCCUUGUCAGCUGGCGCGGGGCGAUGAUUGAACCCGAGGGCGGGACCGAGCCACAGCCUUCUGCCAAGGAGGAGGGAGCGCCGGAUCCUGCAGCACAGGAAGGACCAGCUGCUGCUGCACACGAGCGCCAGAAGGCAGUGGUAGAAGCGUUCCAGCAUGCCUGGAAAGGCUACAAGGAAUUCGCCUGGGGUCAGGAUGAGUUGAAGCCCAUCUCGAAGUCCUACGGCACGUGGUUCGGGCUGGGGCUGACUCUCGUGGAUGCACUGGACACCAUGUGGAUUAUAGGACUGAAAGAAGAAUUUGAAGAAGCUAAAAAAUGGGUGGCCACUGAUCUCCAGUUUACCAAGAACGUGGACGUGAACCUGUUUGAGAGCACCAUCCGAAUACUGGGGGGACUGCUGAGCACCUACCACCUGACCGGAGAGGACAUCUUCCUGGAGAAAGCAAAAGAUAUAGGAACCAGACUGAUGCCUGCCUUCAACACCCCGUCCAAGAUCCCGUACUCCGACGUGAAUCUUGGCCGCGGCACGGCGCACCCGCCUCGCUGGACCUCCGACAGCACGGUCGCCGAGGUGACGAGCAUCCAGCUGGAGUUCCGGGACCUGAGCCAGACCACCGGGGACAGCCAGUACCAGAAAGUUGUGGACGGUGUGAUGAAGCACGUGCACGGGCUGGCUGGGAAGCAUGACGGCCUGGUGCCCAUGUUCAUCAACACCAACAACGGGCAGUUCAGCCACCUGGGCGUGUUCACGCUGGGAGCGCGGGCGGACAGCUACUACGAGUACCUGCUCAAGCAGUGGAUCCAGGGGGGCAAGAAGGAGACAGAAUUGCUAGAAGACUAUGUGCAGGCGAUUGAGGGAGUCAAAAAGCACUUGCUGCGCAAAUCUCAGCCCAGUCAACUGACUUUUGUGGGAGAACUAGCACACAACAACUUCAGCCCAAAGAUGGACCACCUGGUGUGUUUCUUGCCCGGGACCCUGGCUCUAGGGGCCCACCACGGCGUCUCCUCUGAGCACAUGGAGCUGGCCAAAGCCCUGAUGGAGACGUGCUACCAGAUGUACGCUCAAAUCGAGACGGGCCUGAGCCCCGAGAUCGUGCACUUCAACCUCAUCCCACGGCAUGGGCGGGACGUGGAGGUCAAGCCCGCUGACAGACACAACCUGCUGAGGCCGGAGACGGUGGAAAGCCUGUUCUACCUGUAUAGGUUUACAAGGGACAAGAAGUACCAGGACUGGGGCUGGGAGAUCUUCCAGAACUUCAACAAGUACACCAGGGUGUCCACGGGAGGAUACACGUCCAUCAGUAACGUCCGCAACCCGGACAACCCUGACCCCAGGGACAAGAUGGAGAGCUUUUUCUUGGGGGAGACUCUCAAGUAUUUCUACCUGCUCUUCUCAGAAGACUUUGACUUGAUAAACCUGGACAAGUUUGUCUUUAACACCGAAGCACACCCCUUGCCUAUCUGGACAUCUUCGUAAAGGUACGAACCUGCGGAAGGAAACUCGUGACUACAGUCAUCAGGGUUAUCUCAACUCUCAAGGGGGCUAGAAAAAAAUAAAUACCCCCAAGACCAAGGACUGAUGUUUUUCCAUUCAGAGCGAGUUUGUGGAGCAGUCUAAUAAUCACGUUUUACGAGCCCUCUGCCAGAGUUCUUCUACCCUCGAUAGACUUUAACAGAAUAUCCAUCCAGAUUUGAUAUCUGUGGCUCUGAAACAAAAAUGUGAUAACGUGACAGUGUGAGGACAAUGGGGGAUGGGGGGAUGGGGGGAUGGGGGGAAGGGGGGGGGGGAUGUUCUUAAAUAAUUUAUUUUUAAUAAUAAUCUUUAUCUCCAGAAGCUUAGUAUGAAGAAGAUUCUGCAAAUGAACUGGUGCAAACCACAAUACUACUCUACAUGAAGUGACUGAGAAAAUGACCGACUUUGAAAAAAGUGUAUAUUGCAAGAUAAUGGUUUGAAGUUCCAUUUACUGGAUUGGUCCUGAGAAUGAAAAAAAAAAAAAAAAAAUUUAA